GCCUUGGGAACGGCCACACCUUAGUUAAAGUGGCCGUUCCGAACCCUCGAGGUAAAGGACACCCUCUAGCUUUCAGAGUUGAAAUUCUUCGCGGCAUUUCUAUGGAGACCGGAGGUAGCAGCGAGAGCCCAGCGGAGCCUAAGAAAGGCAAAACCAAGACGCCCAGGAAACCUAAUGAAAGCCUUCUCAAGCAGAAGUCUCCUGCUGAGUUCUUUGCAGAGAACAAGAACAUUGCUGGGUUUGAUAACCCUGGAAAAUGCCUUUACACCACUGUUAGAGAACUUGUUGAGAACUCACUUGAUUCUGCAGAGUCCAUAUCUGAGCUUCCCUUGGUAGAAGUAACGAUCGAAGAGAUACGGAAAAGCCAGUUUAAUUCCAUGAUUGGUCUUGUUGAUCGGGAACGAGUUGAUGAGGAAUUAUAUGAUGACUAUGAGACAGCUAAGGCUCGAGAGAAACGUUUAGCCAAGGAAGCUCGAGCUCAAGAAACACAAGCAAAGAAUGCUACCCUUGGGAAGAAAGUCAAAGAGCCUUCAGUUUCAAAGGGUAUGAAGGGUCGAGGUGAGGCUUCGUUUUACAAGGUGACAUGCAAGGAUAAUGGGAGAGGAAUGCCACAUGAUGAUAUCCCAAAUAUGUUUGGACGAGUUCUAUCUGGGACAAAAUACGGCCUAAAGCAGACACGUGGAAAGUUUGGUCUUGGUGCAAAGAUGGCAUUAAUUUGGUCUAAGAUGAGUACUGGACUUCCUAUAGAGAUAUCAUCAUCAAUGAGGGGCCAAAAUUAUACUUCAUUCUGCAGACUUGAUAUAGAUAUUCAACGGAAUAUCCCUCACAUUCAUGUACAUGAGAAACGGGACAACAUGAAUCGGUGGCAUGGAGCCGAAAUUCAAGUAGUCAUCGAGGGAAAUUGGACAACGUACCGUUCCAAAAUCUUGCAUUACAUGCGACAAAUGGCUGUUAUAACCCCUUAUGCCCAAUUCCUUUUUAAGUUUGUAUCAGAUACACCUGAAAAGAAUGUUACCAUAAGAUUUGCUCGGAGAACAGACGUAAUGCCUCCAGUUCCUCUUGAGACGAAGCACCAUCCCUCGUCUGUUGAUUUGCUACUAAUCAAACGUCUGAUUGCAGAAACUUCAAAACAGAACCUUUUGCAGUUUCUGCAGCAUGAAUUUGUGAAUAUACCUAAAGCAUAUGCAGAACGAUUGAUUGGUGAAAUGGGCCCAGAGUUUAACCCCAAAAUGCCUGUCAAGUCUCUAACAUCUCAACAGAUAGUUCGCAUUCAUCAGUUGUUUCGUCAAGCUAAGUUUGAUGACCCUAGUGGUGAUUGUCUUAGUCCUGCAGGUGAAUACAAUCUUCGUCUUGGGAUUAUAAAGGAGCUGCAUCCAGACAUGGUAGCAACUUAUUCAGGCAGUGCUCAAGUUUUUGAAGGCCACCCGUUUAUUGUGGAAGCUGGUGUCAGUGUGGGAGGAAAAGAUGUUAAGCAAGGUUUGAACAUAUUCCGAUUUGCAAAUCGGAUUCCGCUUCUUUUUGAGCAAGGUGCUGAUGUUGUCACUAGGACUGUCCUUAAGAGAAUCAAUUGGGGUAGCUACAAGAUAAACCACAUACAAGAUAGAAUCGGUGUUUUUGUGAGCAUUGUGAGCACCAAAAUCCCCUUCAAAGGCACUGGGAAAGAGUAUAUUGGAGAUGAUAUAACUGAGAUAUCUACUGCUGUCAAGUCUGCUAUUCAGCAAUGUUGCAUCCAGCUAAAAUCCAAAAUAGUGAAGAGGAUGCAGGCACGUGAGCAGCAGGAGAGAAAACGAAAUUUAAGCAAGUAUAUCCCAGAUGCUACAGGUGCUGUGUAUGAUGUUUUGAGAGAAAUGGCGCAGUCACAUGUGUCCAAGAAGAAACGUUAUGAUGAUGAGGAUGCAGAAGUAUUAAGCAAAGUGUCUGCUCGGGUAAUUACAAAAGAAACACUGAGGGAAAAGCUUGCUCAACACGUUGAACAGGUGGACUAUGAAAUGGCACUGGAGUAUGCAACACAGAGUGGAGUGACUGAAGAACCCAGAGAAGCGAUAUAUAUAGACUCACUAGAGGCUGAAAAGAAGUUCAUCGACUUGCAUAGUCCCAUCUUUGUUUUCAGACUUUUCACCAAGUAACUUUUAAGAUAUUAUUUAGCUUUUGAUUAGACAAAGAUUUUCAUUUCUAGUUUCUUCUGGAUGUCUCUCUCAUCGGCUAAUUACCUUGUAUUGAGUCAUUGAAAAAAUAAAAAUGAAGAAAAAAUAUUGAAUAUUCGAAACGGAAUGCAACUCUGUAUGGCGUAUUGUGAUUUCAGUAUCCUAAAUGAUAGAAUGCUUUUAUUCUUUGCA